AUGCAGCACACAUCCUCCAAGACCUUGACUCGGCGCUCGCUGAUUGGGAGCCACCCGGAGAGUGCAGAGCACUUUGCUCGCAUUUUCGCUGUGCUGCGGGAAUGCAAAGCGGCGCUUGUCCAGGGGGUACCCGUCAAUCAGCGGGAAGUGUACUACAGGCUCAAAGCACAGGAACUGGUUCGCUGCCAGCGAGAUGUGUCCUGUAGCUUGCUGGACUGCGUCAGUCUGCUGAAUGUGCCCCGCAACGCCCUGGGCGUGCUGUCCAGCGGCAAGGGCCUGGUGUCCGGGAGCAUCACUCUGCACACCAGGGGUCGGGAGGUGGACUGCACCCAAGAGGCAUUUGCACUGCCGGGAGAUGUCGAAGGGCUGCAGCGCUUUGUGCUGCAGUCCGCAGGUGCCGCUUUUGUCCUCGUGAUUGAGAAGGAAACCGUGUUUCAGGCCCUCACCCGAGCUCAGCUGUGGGAAGAGUGUCCAUGCAUCCUGGUCACUGCGAGAGGGAUGCCGGACCUUGCCACCAGAGCCUUCUUGUCGCACGUGAGCAAGUCGUUUCCCCGCCUGCCGCUUUUCGGACUGGUGGACUGGAACCCGGAUGGGUUGGCCAUCCUGAGCCUGUACCGCUUUGGAUCUGCCGCCAUGGCGCUCGAAUCCCCCCGCUUCACGCUCCCCGGGCUGCGCUGGGCCGGUGUACACGCCAGCUGGUUGCAGACAGAUGGGCAGCACAUGCAGGCGCUGACGCAGCGCGACCUUCGGGUGGCCCAGGGGUUGAGGGAGCGGCUGAGGGGUCCCGCUCCUCACUGGGCCGCCGAGCUGGACGCCAUGCUGGCCGCGGGGCGCAAGGCCGACGUUGAGGCGCUGCCCGGGGCCUUGGCGCCAACGCUGCUGGAGGCGCUCCGCUGCGCCAUGUAG